AUGAUGCAGCACCGGUACUUCGAACUGUUGAAACACCUGGACACGACCGACGAUGAGAUUGCGGACCUACUUCCUUCAGCUUCCUGCAAUCGUCGCUUGCGUGCCCUUCUGAAAGAACUGACGGACGUUGAGUCCGUCUCGAAGGCUCUACAAGGUACGAACGUCGAUCUUCUUGACGUUCGAGAGUGGUUUGAUGGCCUUAUCGGCAUUAAGCCGCAAUAUGCAGAUUAUCUCGGACCACGCUCUGCUAUUGUACACAGUCCCGACUUCGAGUCAGGGUGUGCGCGUGUGCUACGGGGCAACACUUCCCGCUUGACACGGUCGGAAAAAGCGGCCCUCAGGGUCUUUGAAGUGACCUCGGGUGAGCGUCCCGCCAACGAAGAUGUUGAAGGUUCUUUCGUGGAGCGCGUGGAAAAGCGUAGGCGCCUGGCUCAGCAAGAACAGCGGUACGUGCUUCUGCGUAGUGUCCUGCCAACCUCCAACAUGGUAGAGAGGUUUUUCAGCAUUGCUCGAACAACGUUCGGGCACGAGCGCAAUGGUCUGCAACCAAUUACCUUGGAGCAGAUCCUGUUCCUUCGCUAG